AUGGGUUGUUGUACUAUUAAACAAGAACAUAAUAAGAAGAAAGAAAAAGUUUUUUGCGAACCUUAUAUUUAAGAAACUUAAAAUCUUCAAUUGCCUUAAGACUAAACUCUUCAAUCAAAAUCACAAGAACAAACUAUGGAAAAAGUAACUUUUGAGAUUCAGAUUGUUUAAAAAAAUAAUUUAAACCAUCUCAUUACCAUUAAAGAGAAUUAAUAUACUGUGUACAAUAAAGAUGAUCUUAAUGCUGUUGAUGAUCAAUUUUUUUAAGAUAAACAUUAUCAAAAACCUCAAGAAGUUGAAAAAGUCAAUUCUGAUGAUGAUUAUUGA